AUGGACGCGCAGACAAAUAAGCGCAAGUUCGCUGGCGGUGCCAACGGGCCUCACAAAGCGCCCAAGAUGGGUGGCGGAGGUGGUGGAGGCGGCGGCAUGUCCAAGUUCGCGCAAAAGAUGAUGUCCAAGAUGGGCUGGCAGGAAGGGCAGGGUCUAGGAAAAGAGGGAGAAGGUAUUGCAGCACCGAUCGAAGUGAAGCUGCGUCCGCAAGGAGCAGGCGUGGGUACUGUCAAGGAGCGCACGGAGCAGUACAAGCAGGAACAGCGACGAGCUGCAGAGCGACGAGGCGAGGAAUAUGAAGACAGCAGCGACGAGGAACGCAAGAGGCGUAAGGAGCGGCAGAAGAAGUCGCGCAGUGGUCUGGGUGGUGUCACCAGUGGAACGAGUACGCCCGGGGGACAACCACGCAAGCAGAAGACGAAGUACCGAUCGAUCGCGGAUGUGCAGGCUGCGGCGCCUGGACUGCAUGUGCCUCCGCAGAUGCUGAGCUCGAUUGUGGAUGCGACUGGCACGCAGACGAAGUUGCUGACCAGUGCUGCUGGUCUGAUGGUGGCAGCAGGAACCUCCACAGACUCGGAGGCCGACAAGAUCGCGAAGCGCGAGCGCAUGGAGCUUGAAGCAUUCCUUGAAGCGUGGCAUGGCAUACAAGAACAGAAAGUCUUCAUCGAGGAGCAGUCUGGCCGACAUCAGAUUGAGGUCGACCAGCAGCGAGACGAAGUGGAGAAGCUUCAAGCUAUAGUUGAGGCAGUCGAGAACCUCAAGCUGACUACCGCUACAGGCUCAUCAACUGACAAUUCUCGGUCGAUGUGGUCGAUACUGGUCGACAAAAUUGAAGCCAUCCAGACCGACCACAAACACGACGUCGAGCGCUUUGGCCUUUCGGAAGCUGCAAUCGGAGCACUCAGUCCGCUGUUCAAGAAGGAGAUGGCGAACUGGGACCCACUCGCAGAUCCAGCGAUAUUGGUCGAUGACUUGCAACGUAUUAGGACGAUGCUCGGCUUGCCGUCCUUCGACGAAGUCACCAAUGUGCGCGAAGCUGCGCGCUUUGACGAAAGCUACGGCCGAUCGAGACGACAAAAAGAGACCAUGACCUACGCGACGAUGAUGUACACCAUCUGGCUACCCAAGCUUCGAACAACGAUCACCAAUUGGGAUGUGCUCAAUCAUGCGCCACUGACUAGUCUGGUGCAUGCUUGGCGGCCACUUCUUCCACCAUUCAUCUACAGCAACUUGAUCGAUCAGCUCAUUGUUCCAAGGCUGACAGGAGCCCUUCAGGCUUGGGAUCCGAGGAAGCGGAGUCACAAUCACAAGACCAUCACUGUAAAGUAUGCGCAGCCUCAUACCUGGCUUUUCCCUUGGCUACCAUACCUGCCACCAUAUCAGCUCGACCCCAAGGCGUCUACAGGCCUUCUUAUCGAGACCAAACGAAGGCUACGGCAAGUACUGGAUGGUUGGGACAUCGCGUCUGGCAUCUUGGCCGGUCUCCAAGAGUGGCGUGACUUGCUUGGAGCCGAACUGGAUCACGUAUACGUGAGGCACCUUCUGCCGAAACUUGCGAGACACCUUUCGCAGAAUUUCGAGGUUGAUCCAUCAGACCAGGAUCUGACACCUCUAGAAAAAGUGCUCGCGUGGCAAGACCACUUCAAGACGGAAGUGUUCGCACGUCUCUUGGCAGCCGAAUUCUUCCCCAAAUGGCUCGCUACCUUGCACAUGUGGUUGACUUCAGACGAAGCAAAUCUUGAAGAAGUGGGACAGUGGUUCACUUGGUGGAAGCAACAGAUCCCAGCCAAGCUCAAUGCGCAUAGUGAUAUUGACGCUCAGUGGGAAAAGGGCACCGCCAUGAUCAACCAGGCUAUGGACUUGCUGGACGAGGGCCGCUCUCUGGGUGAACUGGCUGCACCGGCUGCAGGCCCCGCACGACCGAUUGCGAAAGAGCUCACCAAAAAGAUGGAAGCGCAGGCCACUGCUGCCCAGCAAAAGACGGCACCAAGCGAGCUAGUGCAAGACUUCAAGGAUAUUGUCGAGGCGUGGUGCGCGGAAGAGGACCUCACGAUGGUGCCGAUGCGUGAAGCACAUCCGCAAAACGGACUACCACUCUUCAGAAUUACUGCCAGCGCUACCGGCAAGGGUGGAGUGGUUGUAUUCUUAAAGGGCGACAUUGUCUGGGCACAGAAGAAGGGAGAUCGAAGCGUCUUCGAUCCGCUUGGUCUUGACGAAAGACUUGUUGAGCGCGCAGAGGGCAAGUAA